AGGGCUCAGUUAGAGAGAGACAAAGAAGUGAGCUACUCUGGGAUCCCACCGCUAUAUUAGAGCUUCAUCUGGGAUUUAUUCUACGUAACCUUCACCUCCAUGGAUAUCUGCAGGAGGUACGGGGAAAAUGUAAAGGCGGCAAGCCCUGAAUCACAUUUCUCUAGCUUUAUGGCCAAAAGCCCUAUUCUAAGGAAGGAAAGGUGGGUGACGGUUGCAGUGCGGAACCCCCACACCCCAGGGAAGGAUGUUGCAACAUUCCUGAGUCGGUUCUGCACGUUGCUGACAGACCCAGCACACAUCAUAGAUGUGAAUGGAUUCUGGACUGGCAAGUGGUCAGUCCUGGUAAAACUUCACAGAGACAAAAGCUCAUCAGACGGCGUCCGACACCUUCCACAAAACUUCUUCUUGGGCAGCUCACUGGGCAUCAUCGACUACCUAGACCUACCACAGACCUGCAGGAAAUGUGGUGAGCUGGGACACUGGAUGAAAAACUGCAAGUCAACUGCCUGCAGGAACUGCAGAGUCACGGGGCAUGACACCAAGGAUUGCCCCAAGAAGAAAGCAUGUAACCUUUGUGGUCUGGAAAAACAUGUCUACAAAGACUGCCCCCAGAGAGUAAAGACCUACACAGCUGUUCUCAAAGGUGCACAGGUCAAACAAGGUUCUCCAAUUUUCAAUUCCGAUAUUUAAAUAACAGUAUAUUUUAAAGUUGGUAUUUUUAAAGUUUUGUAAUGAUAAAGUUUUUCAUAUUUUGAAUGGGAUUCAACUAUGAGGGCACCAAUAUGGUAGAUUGGGUGUGACCAUUUUUAAUGUUUUGUAAAGUUUCCUGUGUUUUGAAUGGGCUUUAACUAUGAGGGCACCAAUAUGAUGGAAUGGGUGUGCCUUAAUUUGAGUUGUUUUUAUGAUUGUUGAGACACUUAAUUUGCACCUUGGUGGGCACAUUUACUAAAACUUCAACAUAUUUUUUUUUCAUUUUCACGUAUGUCUGAUAUUACUUAACAGUCUGAACUGAUUUUUGUUCUAUUUUUUCAUUUUCUUAAAAAUUGAAUAAACUCAUUUCCACGUAUGCCUGACAUUUAGUUAUCAGUCUGAACUGAUUUUUUUUUUUAAAUUGUCAGAGUCAAAGAGUCAAAAAGCUGAAACCUCAAAAAUUUCAAAAGUAAAAGAAGCAUUCUCCAGAAAAGGAGAAGGACAUCUGUCAUUGACUUCUACAUGAUCUGUACAGGUUUAAGCCUGUUAACCAACAAGACUGUUAAUGUAAAACCUCCAUUAGUAUCUGUAUAGAUAUUAAUUAUUAAAAGAUAGGAUUGUGUGUG